AUGAUGCACAAACAUUGCUUCGAAGCUGUCCAAACAUCAUUGCAGGCUAUUAUGGGAGCAGUUGACCCUUCCAACAGUAACAAGCCAUUCGGAGGCAAACCUGUUGUAUUUGGUGGAAACUUUCGACAAAUACUUCCAGUGAUUCCAAAGGGGAGUCGCCAGGACAUUGUGAACGCAACUAUUAAUUCUUCCGACAUUUGGAGGAAUUGUACUGUGUUGCGACUUACAAAGAACAUGCGUCUUCAGAGCAUUUCAGAUGCAGACGAACGUGAUGUGCUAACAACAUUUGCUGAGUGGAUUGCGAGCAUUGGACAUGGGACUAUAAGAGGAUCAAACGACAGUUGUGCCGCGAUUGACAUUCUAGAGGAUAUACAAUUGAAAACCUUAGAUGAUCCAAUUGCUACAAUCGUCGAAAGUAUUUAUCCAAUGUUCAAAAAUGCAACUGAUGAUCCAAGUUAUUUGAAGGACAGAGCUAUAUUAGCGCCUACUUUGGAGGUCGUUGGAUCUAUCAAUCACUAA